GGGUUUGUCUGUUUCAAUAGAAACUUCCUGAUUCUCCUCCUACUUGCCUUUCUCGGUCAGGGAAUCCCUUCUCUGAAAAGUGUUUGUCACGUUCAUUCGCGUGCUCUCACUACCGCACUUCAGCAGGCUAAGUUACAAACUAAACAUAUGUCCACGAAAAAAUAUAAACUUAAUUAAUAGCGGGAUAUUAAAAGAAUCUGAUAAGUAGAGCGUGAAUCUUGAUCCUCAGAAAGGGGUGUGCUUGCUGCUGUCGCAGAUCCAGGGAGUGCAUUUAGCUUAUAGCUAACGUCAGUUAGCCAUCUAGCCAGGUAACAUCGCUCGACACCUACGGAAAAUAAGGGAGAGCAUGCUGAGACGGCACGGCUGGUAGGAUGAAGAGCCCGGGGCACCGCAGCAGGGACAUCGAGAGGCAAGCGGGCUACCUGCGCCCGGAACACUGCGCCCCUCCGCCCCAGCUGGGCCCUGGCGCCGGCGCCAUGUGGUUCAUCCGCGACGGCUGCGGCAUCGUGUGCGGCGUCAUCACCUGGAUGCUGGUGCUGUUCGCCGAGUUCGUGGUGCUCUUCGUCAUGCUGAUGCCGGCGCGCAGCCUACUCUACAGCCUGGUGAACGGCGCGCUCUUCAACACCCUCGCCUUCCUCGCCCUCGCCUCCCACUUCAGGGCCAUGUGCACAGACCCGGGAGCUGUGCCUAAAGGGAACGCCACCAAAGAGUUCAUCGAGAGCCUCCAGCUGAAGCCAGGGCAGGUGGUGUACAAGUGCCCCAAGUGCUGCUGCAUCAAACCCGACAGAGCGCACCACUGCAGUGUGUGUAAGCGGUGCAUCAAGAAGAUGGACCACCAUUGCCCCUGGGUGAACAACUGUGUGGGGGAGAACAACCAGAAGUAUUUUGUACUCUUUACUAUGUACAUUGCACUGAUAUCGCUGCACUCUCUCAUCAUGGCGGCCUUGCAUUUUGUCUUCUGCUUCGAGGAGGACUGGAACAGUCCCCGUUCCCCAAACCCGCUCCCCCACUUCUCCCCAGCGUGCAGUUCCUUCUCGCCUCCGGCCACCGUCAUCCUCCUCAUCCUCCUGUGCUUCGAGGGGCUCCUCUUCCUCAUCUUCACCUCUGUGAUGUUCGGCACGCAGGUCCACUCCAUUUGUACCGACGAGACCGGCAUCGAGCAGUUGAAGAAGGAGGAGAGGCGAUGGGCGAAGAAGUCCAAGUGGAUGAACAUGAAGGUGGUGUUUGGCCAUCCCUUCUCCAUAGGCUGGCUCAGUCCCUUCUCCACGCCCGACCACGGCAAAGCCGAGCCCUACCAGUACGUCGUCUGACGCAGGACCAAACGUCGCUCCGGCUGAAACCUGCCGCACGUGCCCCGGAGAGGUGUGGCGCGCGUUGAUGAUGCGUACAGACCGUGCCACCACAGCAGCGGCCGGCUCACCUGAGCAGAACCCUCUCUCUCGGCAUGAUUACGACGACUGAAGACUUCUGGAAGCGUAUGAACUGCUCUUACUUUUUUCUCUCUUUCUUUUUCCCCCUGUUCCUCUCAUCUCGGUGACAAAAUGGGUCACCAGCCGACUCAGAGAUUGCACAGACACUGAACAGUUAUCUGCCUGUAUGCAUUGAAGUAAUUAUAACCUUUGGUCUUUUUUUUUUUUUUGCUCGAUCCUGUCAGCUGUUUUAAGCUGCAGUGUCCUUUCUUGUUUUGCUUUCUCCUCGAUGAUCAUCUCUAGCUGGUAACAAAGCCGCCUUAUUACUAAUUGCCUGUAGGCCUACUUCUGGAUGACACUUUCUAGACGGCUAUCUAGUGAAGCUGAAGGCUGAGCCGAUUUUAGAUUUUUGCUCUUUUUCAAUCACUGGAAGUGCACUCAAAAUGACAACAGAAGACUGACAUGCAGUGGUGAUGUGACCGCAUACUUUUCUGAGACCGCCUGUACUCACAAGCCAAAGCAUGUGGCUCUCACCAGUAGAUUCUCCAGAGUCUGAUAGCCUCAGCGUGUUUAGCUUUGUUGCGUAAUGCGUAGACCAACGACAGCUACAGCUACUCCACAAUACUACUGCAGGGUUAUUACAUGAAGCAAGUUAUCAAACAAUCAGUGUUUGGUAUGGUAUUGUUUGUCAAUAUUACAGUCUUAACAUAAUGUGGUUGUCAAUCAAAUAAUUUGUCAACGUAAUAUGAUUGUCAAUCAGAUCAUUUGACCAAGCAUCUGGUCAUGCAACAGUUUAUUGAUGUGGAGGUUGCAGUAGGUCAGAAGAACAGACGAGCCUCUGCUACUGGAGCCAACAUACUCGAGCAGUGUGGGGCCAAGUUGUCUGCUUUAUCAGCUAACAUUUUCAAUCUCCUUUCUGAAUGCUGUCAUUAUAUCAGAAUAACCAGAGUAUGGCAGAGUUGCACUGGAUUCAUGGAAAUUGCCUUUUUAACAUUGAGAAAGUGAACAGACAACAGACUGCGUGGUCUGGUGAACUGCCUUAUUGUAGGUGGCCCUGGGCUUUAGGCUCUGAGUUGUGUCUCAAUUCUUCACAUUUUGCCAAAGGUGAUAUUUCAGUUUUGCUUUCUUUCCAAAGGGAAAGAUGCUUAAUGUUGAAAGCAGAAAUCUCCCCUUCUUUACAUGCCUAGUUGGUACAGCUCAAAGCAAAAUGUACCAGAAAGACCCUUAGAUAGGGGAGUGAAGAUCAGUUUAUUCCGCUUUUGAGAUUCUGUUGCCUUUGUAAAUUGACUAACCCCAUCAAUAGUUUUAGCAAUUUUUUUUGUCUUAUUUAACUUAUUUAAGCGAAAUAGGUGUCCCAUGUCAUCCAGCUCCACUGGAAAGUCUCCAACUAUCACUAACAAAAACAAAGUUCAGUUCCAGCGCUGGUUUAAACCAGCAGUACUGUACCUGAUGUUUUGUUUGGUUUUUUUUAAAACGUUUUUAAAAUGCGAUUUUUGAAAGUACACCACUGCAGCACUUGGUGAGCGGUAAAAGCAGUUAGAAGUGGAAGUUGCACUUUUCACCACCUCAACCUCUCUGGUCUGACUGGAACUAUUAUAUCACGAUCAGGGAUGAGGAUGUACGACUGUGAAGUGUCUACCCACCACCACUGUUACCUUCUUGUGUUGGACUACAACUACGACUACAACUCACUGGCUAGAUCUGCCAACUGUUUGUGAUCUCUCCAAAGUUGCAGUGGCUAUCUUAAGCAGCUGAAGCUGGUAAAACCCCAGCUCAUUCUGCGCUGGUGUUGCCUCAGAAGACCCCCUCCUUCCACACCUCCUCCCACACCCCACCCCCACCUCCUCCCUCCUCCCACCCCCACCUCCUCCCACCCCUCCUCCCUCCUCCCACACCCCCCACACCUCUUCCCACACCUCCUCCCUCCUCCCACACCCCCCACACCUCUUCCCACACCUCCUCCCUCCUCCCACACCCCCCACACCUCCUCCCACCCCCCCAUCCCUCUUCCCUCACCUCCUCCCACACCUCCUCCCACACCUCCUCCCUCACCCCACCCCCAUCCCCACAUCUUGUGCUGGGUCCCUUUCUUGGAGAACAAGAAAGAUGCAAAAGGGAUCAGUUGUGUCUACCUUGAUGCACCAGCUACUGUGUGUAAGUGUGUGUGUGUGUGUGUGUGUGUGUGUGUGUGUGUGUGUGUGUGUGUGUGUGUGUGUGUGUGUGUGUGUGUGUGUGUGUGUGUGUGUGUGUGUGUGUGUGUGUGUGUGUGUGUGUGUGUGUGUGUGUGUGUGUGUGUGUGUGUGUGUGUGUGUGUGUGUGUGCGCGCGCAAGAGAGAAAGCGUGCACUUUUUGGCAGUACCUUUUUUGUGUCAGAAUUGUGAAACAAAAAGACCCAAUUGCUGCUGCUGAUGCUGCUGUCUUUGCAUUGGCCUUGCUGAUUAGGAAGGGAAGUGUGGGGUCUCUGUCAGCAGAGUGGGGAUCAAUGUUCCAGGGCUUCCCUGGGGCCUAGUGCCCCUCUCAUUUGUUUAAUUCCGUUUAAUUUAAUUUCUGCUAUUAAGAGGGUGCUGGGGCUGGUGUAGGGGACUUGCUGGUGUUUAUACUUUGUACAGUUUCUGAUGAAAAGGGACAGGUGCUCUUCUCUUUCAAUCUUAUUUUUCUCUCUCUCUCUCAAGGGUUUCUUUUCUCUCUCUUUUGCUCUCUCCCUCUCUCUCUUUCUCUCUCUCAAUUUCUUUAGUAUCCAUCACAUUGUUCCUUUUCGUUUUGUUUGAUACCUGUAAAUAAUAUGUGUAUUCACAUUGUGCAUAUAUUUCAAAUGUCUAUCUGAAUGCAACAUAUGAAGUGAUGAUUCAGUUACUUUCACCUUGAAAGUAAAUGCAAUAAAUCUUUGUUUUUUUCAUCA